AUGGCAGAGGCUAUUAGUAAUUGUUUGCUUUAUUGGAACUUGGAUAAGGUUUUUUCUGUUACUGUUGAUAAUGCUUCUUCCAACGAUGUUACAGUUAGAGAAUUGUCUAAACAGUUAAAUAUGUGGGGAACUAAUAUAAUGGAUGGUAAGCAUCUUCACGUGAGAUGUAUGGCACACAUACUUAAUCUAAUUGUGCAUGAAGGUUUGAAGGAAAUUGAUGCUUCUGUCAAACGUGUUAGGCAAAUGGUGAGGUAUGUUAGAUCAUCUUCGACAGAAGGAAGUCACUUUAAGAAAUGUUGUGAAGUUCAAAGGGUGGAUUGUUCUAAAACAUUAGAGCUAGAUGUGCCUACUAGGUGGAAUUCCACCUACUUGAUGUUGGAUACGGCACAAAACUUUGAGAAGGCCUUUGAUAGGUUUGAUCUUUUUGAUGAGAAUUUUAAUAAUUAUCUUUCUACUCAUGUUCUUGAAGAUGGAAGUGUUGCAGGUUCACAUUAUGUUACUUCUAAUGUUCAUUUUGAGGAUAUAUGUGAGCUUGAUGUAUAUUUGAAAGUGUGUUUAGCAAGUGAAGAUCUUAAUUUGAGUAAAAUGGCUGAGCGGAUGAGAGAAAAGUUUAAAAAGUAUUGGGGUGAUCCUGAAAAGAUGAACAAAAUGAUUUUUAUUGCUUCCGUGUUGGAUCCUCGUAAUAAGUUUGUGUAUGUUAGCUUUGGGCUUGAAGAGCUAUUUGGGGAGGAAGUAGGAAAGAAAGUAAGUGAAGGAGUGUAUGAUUAUAUGAAAUCUUUGUUUGUAGAGUAUCUCAAAAAUUAUUCAAGAGAAUUUCAUCAUAAAUCAUCUCCAUCUGCAUCUUCUUCAUCUCGAUGCUCAUAUCCGAUGUAUCUUCUAGUUCGACAUCUCUUUGAGAGCAAAAGCUUUGAGAACUAA